AUGGAAGGUAAAGAGCCUACAUCAAUAGUCAUGGGAACUUCUAAUCCAAGCCCUCCUAUGAACAUGAAUCGUGAGCAUUUGGAUUGUAAAAUAAGGGCUACAACAGUAGUUCAAGAUAAGAGAGAGGGUGAGAAAAAUGAGAUUGAUGAGGGUAGGAAAAAAAGGAAAUCAAUUGUUUGGAGUUAUUUCACAAAACUAUCAUUGUCUGAAACUAGAGGUGAACAUAAGGCCAAAUGUAACCAUUGUCGUACAAUAUAUAGUUGCGAUCCUAUUAGACAUGACACUAAUUCUAUGAACAAGCACUUGCACAUGUCUCAUAAAUGGAUAUUCAAUAAAGUGGGUAAGAAAGCGACACUUCACGGGUACAUGCCAAAGAUUAAUGAAGAGAGUGAUUUAGUGAUAACAAAUAUUGAGUAUAAUUUGGAGGAUUGUAGGAGAGCCUUCGCUGAAUUUGUUAUUUGUGAUGAAAUGCAUUUUAAGGUUGUAGAAGGGAGAGGAUUUCGUAAACUUAUGAACCGAUUAGAGCCUCGAUUUACUAUACCAUCUAGGUGUUUACAGUUAUUUCUGGUAAACAACCGCUAG